AUGCGCUACUUCGAUACCAUAAUGCCUAUGAAUAUUUCCAGCUACCUCUCCUCAAAAACGGUCGAGGUCAAAUCCCGUGAUAUCAGCUUUUUUGUGAACAGCAAGCUGCUCGCGAAAUGGCGACUCCUGCCGAGUGCUAUCACGGGUGCCGAACUUGAGGAGAAAAUCGAACUCUUGGAGUGGGACGGCAAUACGGAAGAGAAGGAGACCCAGAAUGGGGUUUUGCCGUCGGAUCCAGAGCAAUUGGGGGAAAUGUUAAAGGCCCAUCUUAAGGUUUAUACCCUUGCGCAGCACAAGAGGAUAGAGGCACUUCGAGUGAUGGCUUUAGAGAGGCUUAAAGAAGUACUAAAAGCCAUCGAUGGGAGCCUUCUUGAUAAGGAUCCAAACUUGCUGCGCCAUAUUAUUGAAAUGUUGGACUAUGUCUACUUUCCAACUUGCCCUUCCACGGAUUGUGAUGUCGACACUCAAAAACGCUCUAAUGAUCCGAUGCGGGAUGUUGUGUCAACAUUUGCAGCAGCGCAUUUCGAAAAGCUCAAGGGACACGGGGAGAUAAGGAUAUUGAUGGGCAAGGGAGGCGAUUGUGCUGUCGACUUGAUGGAGAAAGUGGCAGCAAGACUCUGCAAUGCCGGAGGAGCUCUUGUGGAAGUUAAAUCGGAGAUGCAGAAGCUCAUGAACGAAGUAGAAAGGAAGCUACAAAAGUCAGAGGAAAAUAACACGGAAAUUACACAAGAUCUAAACGCAGCAGAACGCCGAUUGGAGGCUGCCAAGAAGAGGGAGGAGAAACUGACGGACAAGGUGCGAGAAUCGAACGAGGCAUCUUUACGACUGGAAGCCGCCAAGAGAUCUGAGGCCCUCAAGCUACGAGAGAUAUCAAAGUUAAACGACAAGGUUGCGAACAUGGAGAGGUUGCUCGAGGAGGAAAGAGCAAAGAAAUCCACGAUUCUGCCGCCAGUCCGUCAUAGUAAGGACGAUAUCUCGAUAUCUGGACCGAAGAAACAUCCAUGGGACAAUUUGGAUAAGUUGAUAUUCCUUAUUUCCGGCUGGAACCUUUCCUUGCGUACACUUCUUUCUAUUGCAACAACAACUUUAUUCGUGAUCGUUAUGAUCGUCCUAUCUACUCAUAAGGCCGCCUACGCCCCAUCGGUUCAAACAUUCUCGCAAUCUCAAAGUCAAACCGUCGACGGGAAGUUUUUCCAAAACCUAUGCCAAUAUUAUGGGGCCUAUAACUGGGCUGGGAGCGACUUUGUCAGGGUUGAAGGGAAAUCUCUAAAGGUCGCAUGUAACGAGCACUCGCGUGGUUCUAGAGUCUUACGGCCUGUAAUUUCUGCUGGCAGGCGGGGUGAUAUGUGUAAGUUCUAUGAACAACGGCUGUGGGCUGGAAGUUAUUACUUGGAGCUUGAAGGGAAAUCGCUUGAACUAUACUGUCAAGACACUAGCUAUACGCCCUCUUGCCCUAGACUUCGUGUUUUUGACAAACUGGAGGGAGCAUAA